AUGUCCCUUGCAAAUUUGUCGUUUCCCAUACAUGAGCUGACCUGGGAGCACUACUGGGUGGUCAUGGAAGAACUUGGGCUUUCUGAGACAGAAACCACGGAGGUGCUGACAAAGGUCUUGGGACCAGCUGAUGAUGAAAACAAUGAUGAACAACCUAUGAAGAAGCCAGCCCGCAAGACACGUGCCCGGGCAUCAUCAGCUAAGGGCGCUACAGUUACGAAAUCCCAGCCAGCUGUCCCAAAGAAGAAUGCCAAAAGGCCUUCAUCGGCUAGCGGUGUCCAAGAGACAGAGCCUAAGGUGCCGAAGACGGGAAAGGCAAAAGCUGGUCCAAAACCUGCUGUGAAAACUGCCGCAAAGUCAAAGGUGAAGCCCACCAUCACCAAGACACCCAAGACACAAAAAGCAACUGCAGCAGAUGAUCAGGCUGGGGGUGAAGGUGAACCUACUGUGCCUGCACCUGCAGUCACCCGUGUGCGAAAACCUCGGGUGUCCCAAGAGCCCUUGGAACCUGUCUUGAAGCUGCCUGACAAGAAACCUAGGGUCGAAAGUGAUGUACCUGCAGCUGGCCAUCAUGCUCCUGCACCUGUGACUACGCCUGUACCCGUUGGUGGUUUGCCUAGCCCGGUUCAGCCUGACGAAUCCCAGUCCCAACGAACAACUUGGUCGUGCGGAACUUUGCAGGCCGGCUUGGAACUGCUCAAGGCCCAAUGUCCUUCGAAGCCCAAAGAUGUUGACUCCAUCUCUGAAGCGACCACGUUGCCGCUUGGUGGAAGCCAAGAUCAGUCAACUGAGUUGGCAUUGGCGUUGGAGCGUAUCAAAGCUUUGGAAGCUCAAGUGAUCGCUGCAGGAUCAAGCGCCAGUGAGCCUGGAACUUUACGUCGCUCUGCCCCUUUGACGCCGGCAUCCUUGGAUGCUGCUGAGGUGCCUGCGCCUGCAGUGCCACUUCUGGAAGUGGAAACUUUCUCGGAGCAGUUUCAAGAUGCUCAGAGCCCGAUUCCUGAUACCCCUUAUGAGCCAGAUCAACCUGACACCAUUGAGGCUACACAAGUGGAUGGAGAUGGAAGUGAGAAGCAGCCUUCUGAGGCUCGCAGUAUCGUGGUGGAGCCGGCAGCCAAAGACAUUGGGGCUGAGAGGGAGGCACUGCUCAAGAAUGCCUUGCCAACACCUCCUGGUGCUGUGAGUCCUGUGGCAGUUCACGAGCCUCAUGAUUGGAAAAGGUCUCCUGACCCCAUUGCCCAUGCUGAGAAGCUUUGCGAAGAACUGACGGAAACUCAGAUGAAUGAUCUGAUGGGCAAGUACAGCAGUGUAGCCAGCUCGAAAGGCGAUGUGGGCCUGAUCAGACCUGAUCAGCUUGAUGAGGCUUCCAGGAUGUCCUUCUUCGAAACCUUGGAACAGAUGGUUUUGAUGAAUCGGAAGACACUUUCAAUGGACAAGGUGGAUGUCGUCAAGGUCAAGCCCUCGGCUGCACCAUGUCAGGCUAGCAACCUGAAAAUUGCUGCCCCGGAAGCUUCGACUGGUGGAGUCCCUGAAGCUGUGCAGGCCCCAGCGGUGCCUGAACCUUCAACUGGUGGGCUUCCUGAUCCAGUGGGGUCUGUCCCGGAAUGUGGAGGGUCUGGUGCAGUCCCGGAACCCGUGCAACCUUCAAGUGGUGGUGGCCCUGACCAAGCUUUGGCCGUUCCAGCCCCGACUGUAGCACCAAGCCAACAUGGUGCUGCCGAAGCUGCAGCCACUGCUCCUCCUGAAGGUGGAUCGAUGCAAGUGGUGCCUCACUCUUCGCAGAACCGUGAGUUGGAGCUUGCUGGCCUGCAGGCACUUAUGAGUGCUCAAAAAGGGAGGGAGGCAGCUCAGCUUGAGCAAGCCCAACGUCUGCAGCCUAGGGUUGCGGUGACGGCUGCAACUGAGAAGCUUGAUUGGACUACGCACAAGAAAGAAGGAAUGCGACUUAAAAGGCUCUUGGAGGACAGCUCUGAAGGUGCGCGAUUCCCUCACAUGAAGAAGCUCUUCAAUGAGGGCUCCAAGGAGGACUGGGUACGGUGA